AUGAGCGACAAAAAUACAGGAUCAAGACUUGCUGGCAAGGUCGCCAUAAUUACAGGCGGCGGCCAUGGUUUUGGCGAAGGUAUUGCUCGAAGGUUCGCUCAAGAGGGCGCCAAAGUCUUGAUCACAGAUAUCAACGAAACCGACGGACAAAGAGUCGCCCAAGCCGUGCCCGAAUCCAUCUCAUUCUUCAAAGCGGAUGCAAUCAGUGCGGAGGACUGGGAUAGAUUGAUGGAUACGGCGCAGGCACGCUAUGGGCGGAUAGACUGCCUGAUCAACAACGCUGGCACAACUUAUAGGAACAAGCCCACACUGGAGGUGACAGAGGCCGAGUUUGAUAAGGUUUUCAAUGUCAAUGUCAAAGGAAUAUUCCUGGGGACUGCGGCGUUCAUGCCCAGGGUCAUCAAGCAGGGUGAGGGUGGUGUGAUGCUGAAUAUUGCUUCAAUUGGAGCGGUGCGACCGAGACCCGGUCUCGUUUGGUACAAUGCCUCCAAGGGGGCGGCAACUAAGGGGCUCGCCGCCGAGUACGGUGCUCACCAAAUUCGAGUCAAUUCUGUGUGCCCUCUUUUGAGUGGCACUGGACUAUUUGAAUCCUUUGCUGGACAUGCCGAUACCCCAGAGAACAGGCUCAAGUUCAUCGACAAUGUCCCUCUCAAACGACUCUGCGAGGUAUCUGAUGUGGCGGACACUUGCCUUUUCUUAGCGUCUGAUGAAAGCAAAUUCAUUACCGGCAUUAAUCUAGAGUUUGGCAUACCGGUUCCACUGGGAAAAGUUGCCACAACAUCGGCUGAAGCUGAAGCAAUCAUCAGGGAAUUUAAUAAAACGUGCAUAAUUAAGCCACAGAUCCUAGGAAGGAGUGGAAAAGCGGAAACGAUCGAUGGAGGUUUCGAAGAUAGAUUCAUACAGGUCAACGACGCUAAAGCAGCCGGAAAUGUUGCCAAAGCAAUGCUCAGCCAUAACCUGGAGGCAAGCUCAGGCGGCGAAGUACUUGCCAACAAACUCUUCAUUACAGAGAUGAUCAAUUAUGAAACCGCAUGGUUUUUGGCCAUCACAUUUGAUCGAGAGAACAGCUGCCCGAUAAUCAUUGCGUCCAAAAGAGGCGGGAUUGACAUGGAAACAACCGUACAGCAAUAUCCUGAACAGUUCCACACCUUUAGGCUUGGGUAUACCAGAGGAAUCACGCGAGAGGUUAUCGAAAGAGUCUCGAAAUUCCUGGACGCUUCUACGAAGGAGAGGGACAGCCUACAAAGAAUACUGGGGCGUCUGUACAGAAUCUUCACGGCCAAAGACGCCACGCUUCUCGAGAUCAGAUCACUAGCAAGGUCGCAUGACGGGACAUUGACAUGUUUGGACUCCAGCUUCGCCUUCGAUGAUGCUGCAAGCAAGAGGCAGGAAGAUGUGUUUUCAUUGAGAGACAUAAUGCACGAGAUCUCCGAAGAGGUCGAAGCUGAGAAGUACGGAUUGGUAUAUGUCAAAAUGGAUGGCAACAUCGGCAACGUAGUGAAUGGUGCUGGGCUUGCAAUGGCCACCAACGAUGCCAUUGCGCUUUAUGGAGGUUCCAGUGCGAACUUCUUAGAUGCUGGUGGGCAAGCGACAAAAGAUACCAUGAUCAUCUUAAGGGAUGAGAGGGUGAAGACGAUCCUUGUCAACAUUUAUGGCGGGAUUACCCGGGGCGACAUGAUUGCAGAGUCCAUCCUUGGAGCAGCAAAGGAACUAGGUCCGCUGAAGGUGCCUAUGGUGGUUCGACUCCAGGGGACCAACUCCGAGCUGGGACUGAAGAUGCUAGAGGAAGCUGAUUUAGGACUACACACGGAGGCUGAUUUCGGCAAGGCGGCAGAGAAAGCAGUGGAACUGGCUAGAGGCAGCGCCGUGAUAUCUAGCGCUUGA